AUGGCAGCCCCGAACUAUAGCAACAAACACUAUGUUAUCUACAUGAAAAGAGGAGUUUACAAUGAGAUUGUUAACAUCGGUAAGAAUAAGUGGUACUUGAAAAUGGUUGGAGAUCGUAUGGAUCUCACUAUCAUCUCUAGAAGCUUGAGGUACAAUCAGAAUUUGAGCACAUACUACACAGCUACAUUUGGUGUCGAUGGAAAAGGGUUCAUAGCACAACGCAUAUCCUUCAGGAACACUGCAUGGCAUGAAUAUCAUCAAGUCGUCGCUGUGAGAUCAGUAGCUAACCUUUCUAUCUUUGACCAAUGUGAGAUUUUCGGUUACCAAGACAACCAAUAUGUCUAUUCGCAGUGGCAGUUCUACACAAAUUGCAAAAUCAGAGGCACAUUGGAUUUCAUAUUUGGACACGCCUCUGAGGCUUUUCAAUACUGCACUAUAUUGGUCAAGAAAGGAUUGCCAACACAAAAGAACACUAUCACGGCCCAAGAUAGAACAAGCUCAAGCCUAGCAUCAGCAUUCUCCUUCCAGUUCUGCAAUAUAUCGGCAGAUUUGGACCUUCUACCCUUCGUUUGCUCCAUAUCCACAUACCUUGGAAGACCACGGAAGCAAUAUUCUAGAGUUGCUGGCAUGCAAUCCUACAUGAGUGAUGUGUUGAGUCUUGAAGGAUGGUUAGAGUGGAAUAGUUCAUUGUAUUUGGACACAUUGUACUACGUUGAGUACAAUAAUUAA